AUGGGCUGCGUGACUGUCAUCGCCCCGCGCAGGAGGCCUGGGUCCAGCCCACCAGGCCCAGGAGGAAUUGGGCCCCGGCCCGCUAACGACGAGGCCCCAGACCCAGGAGGUGCUGCGCCUCGCGAGGGAAACCCUAGCCCCCGCGUCUGCGCCCCCGCCGCCGUCGCCGGGUCCGGCGAGCCGCCCGUCCCCGGCCGCCAAGAGAUGAUAAUCUCCCCGAUCUUGCACGAGAUGGGAGCCGCGGCUUCCCUGCCAGCGCCCCCACGCCGCUCCGCCGAGGUAGCCGCACCCUCCUCCCGCAAAGGCAGGGGCGGGAAGGCUUCCAGCGAGCCCAGGUCCGGCGCCGUCGCCACGAGAUUCCCGGUGAGGGCGGCGUCCCACCACCCUCGGUGA